AAAUAAAGAUAAAAUCCAGUUCCUUGCCGAGCACAUUAUACUGCAACUCAAGGAAGAGACUCCGUUCGAGCCUUGUUUUUAUUAUUCUGACCUAACUGUCAACUAGAAACACCUGUUUUAAACUUAAACGUCAAAAUGUCUUCAGACUUUGAAUCAUAUGAGCAGGACUUUGGAACCAUUACAGCGGAAGUAACUAACAAAAUUGGCAGAAUUCCCAAACUAAGUGGAGAGGAGAAGACACAGCUGGUUCUAAAUGUCGACAAACAGCUUGAAGAAGUCAGAGAGUUGCUGGAGCAGAUGGACCUGGAGGCGCGGGAGAUCCCCAUCCAGAGCCGAGCCAUGUACAACAGCAGACUGAAGAGCUACAAACAGGAGAUAGAGAAGCUCGAGAAAGACUUUAAAAGGUCACGUAUUGCCUACAGUGAUGAGGUGCGCAACGAGCUCCUGGGAGAUGACGCCAGUUCCUCCGAGGGCCAGUUGAUAAAGUUACGUGAAGAGAGAGCGCAUCUGUUGGACAACACAGAGAAGCUGGAAAGGUCAUCACGGAGACUGGAGGCCGGCUACCAGAUAGCAGUAGAAACUGAACAAGUGGGUCAGGAGAUUCUUACCAACCUGCACAGUGACCGUGAGAAGAUCCAAAGAGCCAGAGAAAGGCUAAGAGAAACAGACGCCAACCUGGGCAAGAGUUCUCGCAUCCUUACUGGCAUGCUGAGAAGGUAAGAGGCAGGAUCAUUCAGAAUCGUGUCCUGGUCUUCAUCCUCGGAGCCAUCAUCCUUCUCACCAUCAUCCUGGCCAUCUAUUUCAAUCUGCGAGGCCACUGAUCUCCCCUCUACACACAUAUACACACACACACACACACUCGCUCCCCCCUCCUGACACAAAUACAAACACACACACGCGUGAUUAAUAGCGACAAAAGCGUUGUUCUGCUGUAAUUAGGACAAAUGGUCCCCAUGAAUCACUGUUUCCAAAGCCUGACAGGGAGCUUUUUUCCAUCUCUUUCUCCUUUUCUGUUUACCGUUUCUUUCUCUCUUUCUUUGCCUCUCUACCUUUUGUUUCCACUUUGCGCUUCUUUUUCUUGCUUUUUUUUCUUUUUUCCUCUCAGUUUUGUCCUCUCUCUGUCAGGCUCUCUCUCUUACAUCUCCAGGGACAAGAAUAGGGGGAAAUGUUUUUAUGAUAGUUAAUAUUUUUCAGGGUGUCGUCUUUGGUGUGGUUUUGCAGUCCAUCCUGUCCCCAGGUGAACAAGGCCUGGGGAUUUUUUUUGCAACUCAAAGCAGAGUCAGAUAUGUAGAUUAUUUUUUUCUGUGAUGCGGGUGGGUCAAGUGUUAUUCAGGAUAUGUGUGCACAUGCAUGAGAGACAGAAAGGAAGAGAAGUAUUGGUGUGUUGUACACAUGUAGGGUAUGCAUGUUCGUACAUGUGCAUGAGUGACAGUCAUGGGUUGAGGCCCCACACUGUUUGUUAUUAACACCAGCAGUAGACACAUACCUUUGUAUGUAUGAGCUUCUGUAACUAAAUGAUUCAGCUGAUCAUCAUGUAGCCCCUACACAGCACAGAGGACAGUGCCUUCAGAUAAGAUGCUGUUCACACUCCUUUUAAAAAGCUCAGCAGAGCCCAAAAUAGACAAGUGGCGCUGCCUUUAAGAGAGAUGGAUGCACAUAAAAAGAGGUCAGUUCAACUUAAGUUCAGUCGAUCAAGGUGAAAGUUUUGUUUGAAUUAUUAAGAGGAAACUGUUUAUUUUCAGUUACUGCAUUCAGGAAAGGAUAUAUGAACAUUUCAAUAAAAUUUGGAGAUUGAAAAAAUAAAAUAAAACCUACUAUUUUAAUGUGUUUUUAAUACAAAAUGGAACUGACUCCAAACUUGGCACAUACAAUACAUAAAUAGAAUACAGAAAAAGGUUUCAGAUAUUAUAACCAGCUUUAUUAUCCACAUUUGGUACAAUUCCCCUGCACCUCCCAAACAGAUUUCCACAACUCAAUCCCAUGGACAUUUUAACAUAACUAACAUUGUGGAAAAUUAUAGACAAGUAUUUACUAACAUUUAAAUCUACAUCAUGUAUAGUGUUUUGCUCUCACUACAAGUGAUUCUGUUAAUAUUUAUUUAUAAAUGCGUAAAUGCGUUUUGAAUUAAAGUUUCUGUGCGAGAACCGUAUAUUUUAUGAAGUUAAAAGGUAUUCAGAAUUAACAUUAGCAACAUGUUUUUUUUUUUUCUUGAUUUUGGGUGUUCUGUGAUUAGAAUAAAAUAGAGACCAGUACACCAGGACCAACUGAAAUGUGUAGAUUUCAAGUUUUGUGUCUUAAAGGUUUUUUUUUUUUUGUUCUUAUAAAUGGAUCUAACUUGUUUUAGAAUGUGUACUUUUUGUUCUAUAUUUUUUUUGUCAAGUUCUGAAGAUUGUGAUGCAGUCCUUGUUUCUGUGUUUAUCUGUACGCUGAUUGGUGAUGUGAUACAUUUGCAGGUGUUUGAAAAACGUGUGUGUGAGUUUACUGCUGAUUUAAUGCAUCUGCGGAAAGCCAUUCUUCAGGAGGUCUUGGAAAAUCAAAAUUUAAGAGCAUAUUUAGAGAAUUUUCAGAAGUUGAGAUACAUGAAGGUGACACCACAAACACACACACACACACACACACACACACACACACAGGGGUGGUGUAUUGGAGUGUGCACGUGUCUCCUGUGGUCGGUGUGGUGGUUCCCGGCGAGGACAUUUGCUAUUCUGUUUCAGGGCCACAGUCUUCAUUUUCGAAGAUGUGGGGGUGUUGAGGCGGUGAGCCCCGACACCCCCUCCUACCGACCACCAUUUCACAGGCCCUCACCAGCCGCAGCGCCGCAGUCUGCUUCAAAGCCUCAAAUUAAUGGCCAACAAAAUAGUGUGCCUCUGACCGUCCCAUGCGGGGCCGACCCACCAAGACUUAUCAUUAAAGUGAAGGAAUAAUGAAAAAGAAGUAAGAAAAAAGAGGGAGAAGGAAGGAAGGAAGUGAACAAGGAACCUGGGGGGUGGGGGGUGAAAUCCCUGGCAGUUUGACAAACCUCAUCUGGUAAUGACCCUCAGUGAUUGUUUUUUCACCCAGUGCACAGUGUGUGUGUGUGUGUGUGUGUGUGUGUGUGUGUGUGUGUGUGUGUGUCUGCAUGUGCAGCCUACCUACAUGCCGAUGUGCUCUCUUCUCUUUCUCUCUCUUUCUAUUUCUCUGUCGCCCCCCCCGCCACCUUUUCUUCUCCUUCCUCCCUCCCAGCCUGUCAGAUGAGCGGAGCAGUAGCUAGCGAGUGAGCAGUGGAAGGCAGCGUGGCGGCGGCUUCUAUUUGAAGUUGUAAUGGUGUCAAAAAGUCAGGGCUGACUGACAGACGUCAGUCCCACAGGGCCUCAUUAAAAACAGACCCACUUGACAAGGAAAUAAUUGAGCACCGGCGACAACUCGGGGGCCCCUCCGCGUUUUUAGAUGUUUUUAUUUUCUUUUCAUUAUUAGUGCCGAGCUAUUAUGUUCAUUAAGAAAUGGCAUUAAAACAAGUUUUUAAAAGCGGGUAAAGGGAGGGAGGGGCAGAGAGAAAGCAAGGAUGCUUGGAGGUGGGAAGAUAACGAUUUGUUUAGAGCCCCCAUCCUAUUUUAUUAUUUAAAGAGGAGCACUGUCAUGUGAUACCUUGGCAGACGUCGGCUAUCAUCUGCCACUCCUCCCUUUUUCCCUCUUUUUCUCCUUUUCGCUUUUAUCUUCCCCUCCUCUGUCCAUCUCUCUUUCUCCACCUGCCCAUCUCUCUCCCUCUCUUCAUCCCUUUCUUUCUCUCUCUCUGAGCGGCGGGUGUCGUUGGAAUAUGAACUAGAUUAUUCAUCAAUGCCCCACCACCACUCCCCUCAUUCGCUGAUUUGGUUUUCGACAAGCGUCUCACCGCAGAAGGCUGAGGAUGAAAACUUGUCAAAAAUAGGUUAUAUCUUAUUCCAAGGGGCAACAAUAGCAGCAGGUACAGACACCUUUUAAUAUUUAAUUUAGACGGGUGUUAACCCUCCUUAAGUGACUGGAGCUGUGUCUUCCAUACAGACACCAGGGGAGAAACGGGGGGAGCAAGAGGGGAGGGCAAUUAAUUAUUUGAUGUCUGAAAAGUGAUUUUGAAGCUCUCCCUGCCUUCUCCUGUUUGCCAGAGAGAGGAUCGAGUCUUUGGGUGUCCCUGUUCAUUUUCUAUACCAACCACGUCCUCAGCCUGGCUGUCCGGUGAGAGCUGAAACAUCUCUACUCGAAUCACAUUUAGAUCCUCCCUCCGCUGUGCCUCGCUUGAUACAGUAAUAAUAACGCGAGUGAUCAUAUAGCAAUGGUUUUGGUCUCUUAGUGGAAAUUAUUUUCCGGAGGAAUUAUCCAUCUUGUGUCAGUCUGUCUUGCUAACAUCCCUUGUGCCCAGCUCAGCAGUCAUUCCUGUUCUCCCUCGUCCUUUCUAGUAGGUUUACACAAAAGUUUAAAAAAAAAAAAAAAGGUUCCUCAACAAGGAACCUCUGUGAUGCACCACCAUUACAAAAAGCCUGAUGUUUGUCAGCCAUUUAAGACAACGAGGGAUUGUGACAAGCGUCUGUCCCCUGGCGAAGGGCGGGCCUUAAACGGGAUAAACAGCUCCAGUGGUGGGAUCACGACGGGAGGGUGGGCGCUUCAUCUCCAGGAGUGUCCACGAUGCUGCCACCCCCUACCCCACACACACACACACAUUAAAGUAGGCCCUGCAACAACAGCUACCCAAGAAAAACCCACAAUGGCACUGUUUGAGAACUACAAUGAAUCUUCUACUAUUUGAUUCAGCACAUACACUGUCGCACGUAUGGUGGACGCCCCCCAAUAAAAAGACACACACACACUCUAGUGUACAGCUGUUAGAAGAGGAACCAUGUUCUUCGUUUGUACACACCACCAGUCCUAGCAGAAUGGCUUUCUUUCUCUCCUUGGUCCUUUAUCUGUCUUUUCUUUCGCCCCCAUCAGUGCUGUCGACCAUUUUAAUGGUGUUUGUGCUCACAAAGAAAUGACAAUGCCCCCCAUUAUUUGAGGAAGUCACAGGGGCUGCAGACAUACAUACAUGGAUGUUUCUGUGCAUGUGUUGUGCAGGAUGUGUCCCCCCUGGGGUUGAGAUGGAGCUGGAGUGCUUAGUGUAAAAGGUUAUGUUGAAUUGUCUGUGUGCACAAAUAUCUGUUUGUGUAAUGUUCAUAUGACUAAUUUUUCCUUUCAACCAGGAUCUUCAGUUCAUCUUAUUCCUUCAAUAUAACCAAUCAGACCCUGAGCUGCUCCUAAAACUAUAAAGAUGACUUUUGUGAUCUCUCUCACUGUCGGUGUUGUUUAACAUCUGUCAUUAAAGCAGUUCUGAAUCUCA